AUGCCAACAUCAAAAGCAAAUGAUGAAGAAGUGGAAGAAGUGUAUGCAGGCAUUGAAGAGCUAAUGAAACAUACUAAACCACACGAUAACGUAAUCAUCAUGGGAGACUUUAAUGCUAUAGUUGGAGAAAGCGGGGAAGGUAGAGAAGUCGGAGACUUCGGUUUAGGUAAAAGAAAUGCAAGAGGAGAAAGAGUAGUGGAGUUUUGCAGAGAAAAUGGGAUGAUUAUAACAAACACCAGAUUUCAAAACCCUAAGAGAAGAAUAUAUACAUGGAAAAUGCCAGGUGAUAUUGCCCGCUACCAAAUAAAUUACAUACUGAUAAAAAAUCGAUUUAAGAAUCAAAUGAAAUUCUGUAAAACAUGUCCGAGUGCUGAUUGUGACAGUGAUCACAAUAUAGUAAUAGCGAAAUGUGAACUCAGAUAUAAAAAAACGCAAAGAACAAAAGUACAGCAAGACAAUUAUAAUGUUAGAUUACUAAAGAGAGCGGAGGUUGUGUAA